GGACAGCUCCGCGGCGGCGGCGUUGGCGCUGGCGGCGGGGCGCGGAGCGGGUGCCCGGCGCGCGGAGCAGCCAUGCCCCAGGCCGCCUGCGGGGCAGCAGCAGCGGCGGCGGCCGGGGGCGCCGGGGGCCCGGCGGCGGCCCCGGCGGGACGAUGAAGCGGCAGAACGUGCGCACGCUGGCGCUCAUCGUGUGCACCUUCACCUACCUGCUGGUGGGCGCCGCCGUGUUCGACGCGCUCGAGUCGGAGCCCGAGAUGAUCGAGCGGCAGGUGCUGGAGCAGCGGCAGCAGAAGCUGCGGGCGCUCUACAACCUCAGCCAGGUCGGCUACGAGGAGCUGGAGCGCGUCGUGCUGCGCCUCAAGCCGCACAAGGCCGGCGUGCAGUGGCGCUUCGCCGGCUCUUUCUACUUCGCCAUCACCGUCAUCACCACCAUCGGCUACGGCCACGCUGCGCCCAGCACGGAUGGCGGCAAGGUGUUCUGCAUGUUCUACGCGCUGCUGGGCAUCCCGCUCACGCUCGUCAUGUUCCAGAGCCUGGGCGAGCGCAUCAACACCUUCGUGAAGUACCUGCUGCACCGCGCCAAGCGCGGGCUGGGCAUGCGGCGCGCCGACGUGUCCAUGGCCAACAUGGUGCUCAUCGGCUUCUUCUCGUGCGUGAGCACGCUGUGCAUCGGCGCCGCCGCCUUCUCCUACUACGAGCACUGGACCUUCUUCCAGGCCUACUACUACUGCUUCAUCACGCUCACCACCAUCGGCUUCGGCGACUACGUGGCGCUGCAGAAGGACCAGGCGCUGCAGACGCAGCCGCAGUACGUGGCCUUCAGUUUCGUCUACAUCCUCACGGGCCUCACGGUCAUCGGCGCCUUCCUCAACCUCGUGGUGCUGCGCUUCAUGACCAUGAACGCCGAGGACGAGAAGCGCGACGCCGAGCACCGCGCGCUGCUCACGCGCAACGGGCAGGCGGGCGGCGCGGGCGGCGCGGGCGGCGGCGGCGGCUGCGGCGGGGCCGGGCUGGGCGCGGGCGCGCUGGGCAGCGCGGGCAGCGCGCACACCACCGACACCGCCUCGUCCACGGCGGCCGCGGCGGCGGGCGGCGGCUUCCGCAACGUCUACGCCGAGGUGCUGCACUUCCAGUCCAUGUGCUCGUGCCUGUGGUACAAGAGCCGCGAGAAGCUGCAGUACUCCAUCCCCAUGAUCAUCCCGCGGGACCUGUCCACGUCCGACACGUGCGUGGAGCAGAGCCACUCGUCCCCGGGAGGCGGCCGCUACAGCGACACGCCCUCGCGCCGCUGCCUGUGCAGCGGGGCGCCGCGCUCGGCCAUCAGCUCGGUGUCCACGGGCCUGCACAGCCUGUCCACCUUCCGCGGGCUCAUGAAACGCCGCAGCUCCGUGUGAUGGGCGCGCGGGGCCCCGGGCGCCGGGGGGCGAGCGCAGGGCGCGAUGUGGCGAGGGGGCACCCAUCCCCUCCUGCUCGCCCUCCGUCCCCCAUCUCCGACUGUGCCUGCUCGCACCAGCCGGCAGGAGCCCGGGCUCUGAAGACCCCAGGAGCCCCCAUCCUUGCCCUGCGAAGUCCAAGAAAUGUGAAAUUUGCGGGGGGCAGCGAGGGGGAAAGGGUGGAAGGCGGGAGCUGGGAGCCUCCCAUCCCUUUGGAAACCGAAGGAGCUCCCCAGUGCCCUGACGCCCUGCUGGUACCCAGACCUCCGCCCUCCCGUCUGCCCCCCGCCGGGAGGGGACUUGGUGUUCUGUGUGUGUUUGCGUCUCUAUUUAUACCUCUGUCCUGCCAGGUCUCCCCCUCCCAGCGCCAGCGCGUCCUCGUCCGGGUCACCCCGACUCUGUCCCUCUCCCGGUCUGCAUUCCCUGCUGUCUCCCCUCUCCUGCUACCCUCCGUAGUGGUGUGCAUGGCUUUGCAGUUAUGGAAAAAGGGGGAAGCCCCCAGACCCCAGAAGUGACCCCAGAGGGCAGGCAGACAAGAGGGAGAGCCCACAAGCUGCAGCAGCCAGAGCUGGGGUGGGGGACAGUGGCCCACUAACCUGCAGGGUGGUCCUGCUGGCCAGCAGUGAGAGUUUACUAGCCCCCAAUGAUCUUUGUAGGGGUGGGGGAGAGGGGUCAUCCAGCCUUCCAGACACUGCCCUUGGGAAGCAAACUGACCUGAUCCUGACCCCUCCACCUUGUAGCUGCUGGCCAUGACCCACUCUUCACACUCUAGAAUGAAUUUCAAGUUCUGAUCAUAGUGCUCUGCCUACUCACUCCUGUGAGUGCACACACACAUAUGCACACAUGCACACACGUACACAUAUGCACACACAUGUAUGCAUGCACACAUGCACACUUUCACAUAUGCAUACACAUGCAUGCACACAUGCACAUAUGUGCAUGCACACAUGCAUGUACACACUUGCACAUGCAUGCAUACACACAUGCAUUACACACUUGCACACAUGUGCAUGUGUGCUUGCACACAUGCAAUCAUGCACGCACAUGCAUACAUACAUGCACGCACAUGCAUACACACUCACGAGCACACAUGUGAGCACAUGCAUGCAUACACACAUGCACUCGCAUGCACACACAUGUGAGCAUACAUGCAUGCACACAUACACACACACCAGUGAAGUCACAGGGCAGGGAGCUCCUGUCCCCGUGUGGCAGAUGACAAUGAGACCCUGGGAUUGGAAAGUGACCUACCCAAGGUGACACAGAGCAAAUGGCAAAGGGGAGCCGGAGGCCAGGCUGCCCCGUCCCAUUCCUCGCCCCCGCACGUGAGGGCCGGCUCCAGCAACCCUGGCACGUGUGAACCAUUAGAGUUGAAACCAGAAACCAGGCCAGGAAUGGGGCCCAGCUUCUGUGCCACCUGGCCAGGAGGCAGGACCCUCAGCGGGUCCCCUCGAAGACUCCAGCAGGUCCCUGGGCCUGGCAGAGCUGCAUCUCAUGGAAAAUGGGCCAGGAGACCCAGAGCUUGGGAGUGGGCCGGGCCGCCUCCCAGUGGCAGCAGGCAGGGCCUCCCAGAACCCCAAGGUGAGAGAGAAGUUAGGGCUGCCGCAGGGAAGGGCCCUCCCGGUGGGGGGCUCAGCCUGGCAAGCCCACUGCCCACCCCCCUGCACCCGAGAUGCCCAAAGGGGCCGCAACAGUUUUGCCGGCAGAGCAAGAAUUGGUAUUCGAGACUACUCCCAGGGCUUGGGGGGCAUUUCGCUCCUCAGCACAGCCUCUGAUGCUGGUCCCUAGGCAGCUCCUUAGCUCUGCGGAGCCAGGCUAGUCCUGGCACCCAAGGAAGCAGGAGUGGUGGGUCCGCAGAGUGACCAGCUGCAGCCGCCCAGCCGGCCCUCUGUGCUCUGGCCACUGGGCAGCCCCUGGAGAGAACAGGUUCGCCCUGGCUCCUGAGGGAGCCCCACCCCGUGCGCAGGGCCUGGGGGCCACACGCCAAGGGGGGCUCGGGACCGAGGUGCCCUUGAGGUUGAUAUUAGGGGGUGAAGGGCAGUGUCCGCUGCCUGUGUCCUGCAUGUGACCCUCCCCUCGAGGGGUCCUGUCGCGUCAGUCCCGAGGGAGCCACAACCAAAGCUGCGGGGAGAUGCUGGGGAGAGAGGCCCGAGACCCCAGGCUGGACAUGGCUGCACCCCGCUUCCGGCUCCGGCUGGGUCUGCCCUGGGGACCUGGAAGGCCCGUGUCGCCGCCCCCUGCCCCCGCCCACUGCAGGCAGCCUUUCUGCUUCCCCGAUGCCUUAUGCCUGGGCACACUGCCACAGAAUAUGCAAUAUGUGUGGGUGCCGUGCCCCCACGCCCACACCCCCACCCCGGGCAGCCCCUGGACCCCCAGGCAGUGGCUACUGCGGCCCCCGGUCAGCGCUCGCCUGUAUCUGUCUUCACUCUGAGAAUGGCGCCUAAUAAAUGCUGUCCAUGGA